GCUGAUUCUGUCAAAAAAAUCAAAACAAACACAAAAGGCGCGCUAAAAGCAACCUUCUUAUUGCUAAUUUUAUCUCAUUUCCUCAUCCGGUGAAACAAGAACUCCCAGCUAGUGAAAAUGAAUUCAAUAAUGACGAGUCCUACCCAGAGGAUAGCAAGGCGGAUAAUGCUGUGUGAAUCGCCUGUUUUGCGAGAUAUGCUGAGACAGAAAUGCCGUAUCCGGAUGAAAGAAGCCCGAGCGCAUGCCUUCAAUCGUCACAGGAACCUCAUGGAGAGUGACCAGGUGAUGAUGACAAAGAUCUUCAAGAGUGAGAUAUCAGAGCUGGACAGAGAUAUUGAGGCUCACGAGGAGGUAAUCCAAGAGUUGAUGAAUGAAGCGGAUCAGUGGAUGUUUGAGGAAGUUGAAAAGGCCGAUGAGGAUCUCAUAUCGCACUAUGAAUCCGGAUCCCCCCAAGUUUUCUGCCCAAUUUGCCAAAAGAACCUCCUGCAUCAGCAAGGGAGCACGAUAUCUUGUCCCUGUGGAAUGAGAUUUAUCUUUGAGAAUGGCCUGGAGAGAUUCCAUGAAAUCAUUCAAAUGAAAGUUGUUUACCACGAAACAUUUUGCGACAAAGUCUUGCAGUUCUUCAAGGAACCAAAAUUCGAUGAAGGAUUCUACUCCUUGUCUGCUAUCUGCAAUUACUGCGAAUACAUGACGUCAAUUAUUUUGUAGCAUAAAUUAUGAUUUUUGGUAAAGAUUUUUUUUUAGUUUGUUAGUGGAGACACAAAUACACUGAAAAAAAAAGUUUAAAAAUUUCCUGUUAAUAAAUUAAGUAUUUCAAUUAAUGUUUUUGUAGUCUGUUCUAAAGUGUUCUUGAGAUUAAUCAUAGAAUGAAAAAAUCAUGUAAGAUAAUUAA